AGAUCCAUACGUCAAAUAUUGAAUAAUCGGAACGAGGAAAUUAAACCUUUUGUACGCAAGACAGUUUUAUGACGUCGAUACCACACAAUGCCGCAGCUUUUUAUAAACAUUUUCUACAACUGAAGGAAAUGAACAUAUGUAAUCUAGUAUUGUAUGCAGUUGAAAUGCAAUUUUAUACAAUUGUACAAAAUAGUUGUGGAUCGACAAUGCAGUCAUGAUAAAAUCUGAGUCUGGUAUUGAUAGUGAGAUGGACAAGGGCGUUACCAGGAUCCGAGUUGAGUGCGAGCACACAACAGCGGUGCCGGAGGAUGCGCGUUUGUAAAUAGGUACCGCGGCACAAUCGAUUGGACAAAGUCAAUCAUGUGAGCGCGGGCAGGUCGCGGCGACCGUGAAUCUGGCCGAGCGUCCCGAGCGAAUCAGUGGCUCCCUGCCUCGCGCGCCGACCACUUCCUGCCUCCCAGCUCUGAUUGUGACUUGUGAUAGUGAUUGCAUGGGAUGAUUGUAAACAUUGCGAUUAUGAGCAGUGAGAGUGAGUGACGCGAUUCGAGACCAGACCACGAUGUAGAGCUGCCGGUCCGCCAGAGAAAAAUGAAAGAGGGCGGUCGCGAGGAGGAGCCUACCAGCGCGGUGGACGCGGCACCGGGCAUGCGCACUGAACACACCUGCUGCUGCCUCGGCGUGUUGGUGGGCGUCUCGCUCAUCGCCGCCCUCGUAGCAGUGAUCUUGAUGAAGGACAAGACAGUCGAGUUAACCGCUCUCAGACAAGUUCACGUGUUAAUGUCCCACGGCGAACGAACCCCGAGCGAGCGAGAGUUAGCAAUGCUGGGCGCUCCGCCACCCGAUCACGUGUUCGCGCCUUAUGGAGCCGGCGCCCUGACCAAUGAGGGGAAAAUGCUGACGUUCGAGAUGGGCGCUUUACUUAGGAAACGAUAUAACGAGUUUAUGGGCCCUUAUUACGAACCUGAUACAAGCAUCGUGAUAGCAUCGGACACGGAUUUGAGUAAGAUGACAGCGUUGCUGAUAUCCGCCGGGCUGUGGCCGCCGCCCAAAGACCAGAUGUGGAACGACACCUUAGAAUGGCAACCCGUGCCCUACACUUACCCGCCACGAUCUAAGGAUUAUCUGUUGUAUGAAGAAAACUGCCCGCGGUACAAUCAAGAGAAACAAAGAAUACUCAAAGCAUUCGUAGACGAAGGACUCCUCAUACCUUAUCGCGAUCUAUUCAACAAAAUAGCUCAGAUGACCAACACCAACUUCAGUACACCCCAAGAAGCUUUCUAUCUUAGCAACCUAUUUUUGAUACAGGAUGACAUAAAAGUGACGAGUCCUAAAUGGGCAAAGCACGUCAAGAGAAAACUGAUGGACAUCUCACGGCUCGAGUAUUCUAUGAUGUUCCACAAUAAUCUUCUACGGAAACUUAGUGGAGGAGCGCUACUUCAACAGAUAAUAAAUGAAGCAAUAUCCAUUACAAUUGACACGACGACCCCGCGAGUGAUUGUGCGUACAGGCACGCCGGUGUCUGUAGCAGCGUUACUCUCUGCGUGUGUUGCGCCCCCGCCGCGUCUGCCGGACCCCGGGGUCGCUAUACUCUUCGAACUACAUGAGAAACUACCAUCCGCGGACAAUAAGAAAGAGAAAAGGGUCCUCAGCGACGGACAGCGGUACGGAUUCAAGAUAUACUAUUGGGACGACGAUUCCGCCGAGCCUCGUUUGAUGGAGGUGCCGGGCUGCAACGCGUUCUGUCCCUUGGAAACCUUCCAGGAACUAACAAAGUAUACCGUAUCCCAUGACUACAAGAAAGACUGUGAACUCAUUCCUUGAUAUAGACUUGUGUGGUAGCUUAGUGAUCAGUUAGGAAGUGAUAAAGGCUGUGGUUAAUAUAGAAACGGAUAUAAUGUGACGACGUAAAUAAAGUUUAUGUAUAUUGUGUUA